GAAAUCGACUCCGCUCCAGUGAGUACCGGGGAAAGUUUACAGAGGACUAACACAUGCAUACACAGAAGUCCGACGCAGGGAAUGAUCAACGUAAUUUCUAGUACGGGCGGUGUUGUCACUGAGGAGAAUAUCAAACUGGUUUUCCCUCCUGGAGCAGUAGAAAAUCCUGUGUCUGUAAGCAUUUCGUUAGAGGAUCCUUCCAGAUACUGUGGCCUUAUUGUUCAAAACAGUCUUGAAAAUGACGUCAUAUUUGGUGCACCUGUCAUUCGCCUUCAACCGGACGGUCUCUUGUUCAAGAAACCUGCCACACUGACCGUGAAAUUUGAAAUAGGCGAAUUUACUUGCAAUGAUAUUGUUAUUUUGAAUGGGAGGGAGGAACGCAGUGGAAUGAUCACCUGGGAAGAUGUCACUCCUAACUCGGUGGCCACGACGCUUGAUAAGCCAAAUGCUAAAGUGCAGAUUAAACUGGAACAUUUCUCACUCACUGCUAUCUUAUUAACUGUGGUGAGAUUCACUCAGCUUCACUUGCUAACUAGGUUUAACUUAAUGUCAUUCCACUACACCUUAUCAGUGUGGCUUAAAGACAAGUCUCCAAAAAGCGACGAGCUUGCCUUGUUGUUCGUGAGGCAAGAUGUCUACCAUGAACAGUUCUAUGAGGAGCAAGAAACCUCGGCUAUGAAGGAAUUAAGAAAUAAGGGGUUUCGAAAGCUGCAUGUACGUCAUAUCAAUGGACAUCAAGAAACUGGCAUCUACAACAAUGAAAGUCUUCAUAUCUCAGUCUGCUUUGGGGAAGACUAUAACCUGGCUGGCAGACAGCAUGAAAUAACCAGUGAUUUCAAGGUAGAUUCUUAUAUCUGGUGGAACACGGGUUACGCCGUUACACUUUCCCUGGAAAGAAGUAUGAAAGAUGUUAGGAUUGCUUGUGGAACAAUCACUGUUAAGGGGGCGUUUGGCCACAUUAGUGAGAGGAAAUUCUGCGAAGUUGGUAGGUUAAACGAGAUUACUUUUUUUUCUUGUUUUUUACGUUACUUUGUCCUCCAAAAGAACGUUUUUGAGGUUACCCUUUGUAGUGCAUGUUCAGAAAUCUGGCGUUCUGGCGCUCCUUAAUUGGCUCUCCCCAAUUCUUCCUUACCUAUCAAACGCCCGCCAAGCAGGUUGCCAAUGUCUCAAGUGAGGCCGUGUGGCGGGGUCACCGCUGAUAUGUGAAUUUUACCAAAGUUAUUUUUAGACCGAUUAAAUGCUUGAAAUUAAUUGGAAGUUGGUUUCUGGAGAGGUCCACAAACUUUUCUUCAGUGGUGUCAGGAGAAAAUAACGGGAUAUGCUCCUUUGGUCUGUUGCCGUUACAAUAUCUUCAUUGUUUGCUUUGAGACGGUCGCGCUUGGACUUGCUGCUCAAACAAUCGAUUAAGAUGCGCGAACGUCCCAGGAAUUAGACUUCCGUUUAAUUUCAACCUCUAAAACUAACUCCAGGGAAAUUGACAUGUCCUGGCCAACGCCCUAAGAUUCCUCUCUGCCCCAUUGUUUUCUCUUGUUUUACUCGUAAUAGAUAAAUAUGGGUAAUUAGGAUCACUCGUUUCCGUUGCUGUUUUCUAACAAGCAGAAAUGAAAUCCUCGCAGAUCUUUGCGGCUACGUAAGAAACCUUUUAAAGGUUCAUGGAGAAAUUCUUAACACUGUGCCGAUUGCACGCGUGCUUGAGAUGCCAGAGGAGCUGAUCAACCAAGUUGUGAUGUCUUGGAGGGGGGAUGACGGACAACUGAACACAAUAUUGCAACAAAGGUUGAGAGAGAACUAUAUGGCAGAAGACAUAACUUCACUCAGUAAAGACCUCGACUGCUGGAGAAAGACAAAGCAAGGUUAGUCUUUAUAAUAGCGCUUAAUCCUGCAUAAAUGGAUUUUGUGAGGCGGCUGCAGUUUGGUGGCGAGGAGUAUGGUUUCUUUCACGAUCGCCAUUAUCAUGUUUACCCAAUGACCUACGAGAUGGUCGCAUUGAAAAUGAUCCAUUCAAUUUUGUAAUAUCAAUGGGAAGUAAAACAUCCAUAUAAGAAAACGACUUUUACAAGGCUCUGUGGGCGGGGUGACUAAGGAUAGGGUAGAUUCUCUUUCCCUCUUACCCCUCACCACCUCCUCGUCUGCGAGUCCAAGGAACUAUCUGGUAGGCUGUUUUAAUUCCUGAGGGAAGGAGGGGGUACUCCGAAUUUCGAGUGAGAGAGGUGAUCGAAAGAUUUUGAGGGGGCUUAAAUUUUUAAUUCCGGCGCUUAGUUAGCCUGCGAAAACAUCCGUUUCUCCUCGCUCUUCGCCGCUGGGGACGUUUCGCGCGGAGGAACGUCUGCGACUCAGCGACAGAAAUUCCAUACUGAUGACGCAAAUUAAUGUUUACAUAAUAAAUCCGGUAGUCAUGGGGUUCCAAAUAUAAAUUUGUCUAAUUUUGCGUGUCUUCUGGUCGAUUUUGGUAAAGUGUUGUGUUGAUCUGCCCACGAACUCCAGCAAAAUUCAAAUGCUUCUUCAACAGAAGUCUAUAUUCCACAAAAAUUGACUGUUUUGUUAGAGAUUCUUUCCGUUUGCAUUUGACCUUUGUGGCCUUUUGUUUUUUGUCUGUCAUUCAUAAACAAUAGCUAAAAUAAUGAAACUGCUGCGUCGACCAACCAGCGCUUCUGACCGGAUUCCGGACAGAUUUUACGUCAUCAGUAUGGAAUUUCUGUCGUUGAGUCGCAGACGUUCCUCCGCGCGAAACGUCCCCAGCGACGAAGAGCGAGGAGAAACGGAUGUUUUCGCAGGCUAGCGCUUAGUGUGCCCUCAUAUCCCGGUCACCUAUUUAUGCGAACAUGAUACAACCAAACCUGAUUUUAAUACUGAUGUAACCUUUUAUAGAAUGGUUCCCAGAGUUAACCCAACAACACUUGAAUUCAAUAAAUUUCCCAAUCGUCAUGCUUAUCGCCCGAAUUUAUUGUCACUGCAACCCCCUUUUGACCACUUUUUUAGAGAAGAUAAGCUGACUUGAGAUAGUGUGGAAACUUGCUUUAUGCUCUUGCCUUACAAUGAACUAAAAGGCAGGCGCGUUCCACACGUAUCCGUUUUUAUUUGAAAACGGACAUUUAUUUUCUCUGUUUUCUGAAAAGUCCGCGUCUUCACGGUGCGUUUUUUAAUCUUUUUUGCCCGUCCACACGAAAAAGCAAAAGUCACUGAAAACGGUACUAUGUUUGGUGGGAGCAUUCACAUUUACUGGUAUCUGAGUCCGUGAUGUCAUCCUUUUCAAAACCUCCGUUUUCCAUUUGCACGGAUAAAGCAAAGUGGCGUUCUUGAAAAGAUGCGUCUACGGAGGACGGGCUUUUAAUGAAAAGAGAAACUGUAAGAACUAUGAGACAUAAGAGCAUCGCUGUACCCUUUUGAAAAUUGACUUUGUGAUUCCAUUUCUUUUUUUUUUACUAUUACUAGGUUCAACUUACAACGUAACACAGCGGGGGCAGAUGCAUGUCAGACACUUGAGAGAAUAUGCAGCUAAGAUCUCGGGCUUGCAACGAACAGAUGCCAAUUUAAUGAAGUAUUUUGCCGGUCAGAUCCAAUCCCUUUGCAACACACUACUAAGGGACUGUUGCAUUGAGUUGGAAACUUCUGCGGAAGGUGUUGAAAGAGCGGCUUCAUCCAGCAGCUAUGUACACUAUAUGGAAAUUCAUCGACCUGUGCCUGAAGACAUAAAAGAGAGAUAUCCAGAGAUAUUCUCUUCACCAAAUGAGUCUAUCAAGGCUUUUGUGGCCGUUGUUCCUAACCUCAUUCAAAUCACCAAAGAAAUAUUCGCGGAGGAGGAAGUUUCAAAAGUACAAAAUGGCUUAAGGGGACUACUUAAAGAAAGAAUAGAGCAGUUUGAUUUAAGUGUUCGAAAUGCUAAGAGAAACACCAAAGUCGGGCAGCCUGUUUAUGAUGUAAGCAGAAUUUUGGAGCUGUUGUGUCUGAAUAAUUGUGACCUGCCAUCAAUAGAAAUAAAGAAGUGGGGUGAAAACUUGGCAGUUCUCCACAUGCUGAAGGUAUUAAAGCCCUUUUACAAACACUGCAAACAAGAUGUGAGGUUAUACAAGAGAUUAGAACUCUUUUCUGGACGCCUACGAGACAUCGUGUCCGAGCGAGUUGACAUAACCGAUGGAGUCACAGGGUUGUCACUAAGAUUUCAAGUUGCCGGGUAUUUGUUGUUAGUAGCCAGGGAAGUCGCAAGCAGUCAUGGAGCCCCUUCCCCCUCCCCUCCCCCAAGAAGUUUUUGACGUGCAACUUUUACCGUUUUUCAAAAGGCAUUACCGUCCCAAAAAAGCAAUCUUCACCAAGAGUACAGCUGUCAUUAGCGGUUUUACGAUGAUCACGUCUUUAUUAAAGAAAACUACAACAUCCUGAGACACUAACAUAAUAAGUUUUUACUUUACGUAAAGGCUCGUUUGAGGGUUUUUUUAGUGGCUGCUGACAGGUGAAUGACAGGUUGGCACCGGUCACGUUAUCUGCGCUGUCUUAUCUUCACGCAGAAAAGGCGCAUGCUGGCCAGUGAAGUGUUAAAUCACAACGAUACUUUACAAAUGUUAAAAAUGUGGAAAGGACAAUUGAUUCUUAUACGGUGCAAAUAAAUUAACACGCGCUGUAAAAUCAAUUGUAAAUCCUCAUUUAGUUUUACGUAAGAAUGAAACAACUUACGGAAAACAAAAGUAAAACUAAUAUUACAAAUGAAUUAACCCACGGAGAAGCGGAAAGAAGACAAGCGGACGAUGAAUGUACGAAAAAGCAUCAUAAACAUAAGGUAAAUUACUAUGGUUUGUUGAAAAAUGAAAGUAUGAUAAGGCUAAAACAAGUGUAACGUACAAAAAAUCGCGGGAUAAAAUAUGGCAAAACUAAACUGCACAACUGGUAAACAUUAGUGGUCUCGAAUUUAUGAACGAAACAUCACUUAACAUACGAAGAUACUGACCUACGGAAAAGCGUUCAAAAGACAGGGCUAAUACUUUACAAACGACGCUGAGAUGUCAAAACGAGACUCAAGGAGAAGAAUGCAAAAGUAAUGCUAAUGCUUAAGUUCCCUUUUAUAUAUAACUUCUUGGAAGUAGAACUGAGAGGAUGUGAUCAUGACCUGCGGACAAUGAUCAAUUAUUUCCCGUUGACUGUGCGUUAUUUUAUAUACUCGAUACCUAAAGCUAAAUGUAGACCCGGUCACUUAAAUGUCAAUACAUUAAACAUGGCAAUCAGUCAUAGUCUUCAUCUUCAAAGCCUUCAUCAUAAUCCUCAUUAUCAUCAACAUCAGCAUCAUAACGCUUGGAUGAUGCCUCGACUUGUGAUGUCAACAGAGAUCUGCUCAGGUCUUUCAUCGUGAGCAAAGAGUGCAGAUUCCUUGGCCACUUCUUCGACAUGUUUAACACAAGCCGACACAACGGUUGAAACUAGGGACUUUUAGCAUCAACAAAGGUGACGGCAGUGAAAACAUCACUUCUAAAAUGAAUUGGCAUUUUUCCAACUUUGUCGCUUAAUUUCAGUUCGCUGAAAAUAGCUAAUGUAGGCCAAUUUCCCUGGAGUUGAUUUCUUUGGAACCGCACUCAAGUUUAGAAAGAGAAAGAAAAGUUUGUCGUCGCUUGUUUUACGUCCUCUAUCAAACGUGAAACUAGGCAUUUUCACGUCAUAGUCGUGCAGUAACGGCAAAGAAAUGUACAAAAAAGCGUAAUGCACGUUAGCGCAAACUAGUUGUUUUGCUCAAUAAACCUAUUGCUUUUUUGACGUUCUCGUUGCCGUCGCCGUAGUCGUUGCUAAAACUCCCUACUGACAUUUCGCGAACGGAGAGUUUUCGCGCGUGUGUACUAGUACCAAAUCUAAGUCAGAUGUCUUUUUCCGACAUUUCUUAGUUUUUGCACGCAAGUAUUUCAAAAUUACUUAAACCUGCUGCAGACGAAACUUGCAUUUAGUUUGAUGGAUAGUCUUUGUGUGUUUCAAAGGUGUGCUCUUUUGGUUUAAUUUAACUACUAAAGUAGCCGGGGGAAAUCCCCGGCCCCCGGCCCUUAGUGACAACCCUGUCAGUCAUCUUACGAGAUUUUUGCAACGUUUCACUGAGUCUCGUAAACUUCGCAAAGUUUGAUCCGUCAAAACUGGUGAAAUUUGAACUCAUUAACUCAACAAAUGUUGCCAUGACUCUUCACAGUGAGAGUGUUGAAUACGAUAGCUCACUGGACACAUUUUCUCAGAGUUUUCAUUUGAAGAAAAAUCUUGGAGAUGAACUACAGCUUUGCGUCGUUGCUUGUGUACACAUCGAUGGACAAAUUAGCAAGAGAGGAGCACUCCAAUCAGUCAUCGUAAUUAAUCCUUCCGGUGAGGAAGUUUUAAAUAGAUGCAUGGUCCAUUUCGUCGACGUAGCUGCAAUAAAGCUGGAAGAGCAAGCAUCGGACAUUCUUCGAGUGUGUCUUUGUUCGACAAAGAAGCAGAAACUAUUGGAAUCUCUAGACGACCUCAAGAAAAAGCUGGGUACAGAUCUCGUGGAAACGAGACAAGAAGUAAGCAAGUCCCACCUGAAAAUACGCACUGUCGACACGGAACAAACGGUUGUAAGCCUCCGCCUGGUGUACAAAUGGGGGUCUGAGGCAGUGUCCCUCGACAGCAAGGACUUCCUUACGUUGGCCGAUUCGUCAGCUGGUGGAACAUGCAUACCAGAAGUUCACCUUGUUGGUAAGAGUCAGUUAUUUGACUGCAUUACAUCAAUGACUUUACCUACUGUUUAUGCAUCAAUAAGAUUUUACCCGUUUUGA